AUGCCCCCACGAAGAUCAAUAAGAAGGGCGGAAAGAAAUCCACCACCACCACCUCCACCAAUUGAAGAUGCACCACUUCCGCCACCUGUUGGAAAUGUACCAUUACCUUCAACUCCUCCGAUUCUAGGAACCAACCAGCAGGACUUUGUGGGAGCAAUGACUGCUUUCAUGAACUUCGUGCAGACUCAAGCUAUCAAUGCUGUCGCAACGAAUGCUCCCCACCCUCAUCGUCAUCCUUACCAAGGGGAUAGCACUGGGAGAGUCAUGGAGCGGUUCAAGAAGUUGGGACCCCUAGUCUUCAAAGGGGUAGGCAUGGAUCCACUUUGGCCAGCAGUUUGGGUCGAAGAGAUGGAGAAGAUUUUUCUUAUUCUGGGAUGCACUGAUGCUCAAAAGGUAGCUUGUGCCACUUUCAUGCUACAAGGAGAGGCUCAUAUGUGGUGGAAGGCCCACAACCAGAUCAUGGUAACAGUUGAUCCAGUUAUCACUUGGGCACGUUUCACAUGGGCUUUCUUUGAUAGCUACUUCCCGGAUAGCAUGAAGGAAGCCAAGGAGAUUGAGUUCCUUACUCUGACUCCGGGGACCAAUUCUGUGAUGGCUUAUAAGAAUAAGUUCGAAGACCUAGCUUACUUCACAGAGGAUCAUGUCAGUAUCGACGAGAAAAAGGCCAAGAAGUUCAUGAGAGGACUCAAAGCUCAACUAAAGGGAGCUAUUGUGACGCUAAAGCUUACUUAUUACGCUGAUGUACUAUAG